AUAUUGACUUUUCUGCAUGUGUGAUAGAACGCAUGACCUCACAUUUUUUGGAAUGGGCAAAAAAUACGUAUGUUAUAUUCAAUUUGUUUCUCAUAGUCAAUAAUAACUUCGAAUCGAUUUACAGUGAAUUUUUAUCUGUGAAAGGAAGAAGAGAGCUUGGCACAAUGGCAAACACUGGAAUGGAUGUCGAAAGGAUGAUACGUUUGAGGGAAGAAUUCAAACAGAUGCUCUCCAGACUAGAUAAGAUGGAGCUCGAACUGACCGAAGUGAAAAAAAAACAGAAAAACUUAACGAGUCAAACGGAAGAGUUGGUGACAUUGAUGAGGAGACGUGGAAUUAUAAUUCAUCAUUACGCUUUGGGACCACUCACCAGAUGCCGUAUUGCCAGAAAUCUGAGCGGUUUACUGGACGUUGAUAUUUCAGCUGAAGAUAUUGAUGAUUAUCAACGUUUGGGCACUGAUCCAACUAGCCCCUUGAAAAUAAUUUUUGUGUCCUAUCAGACAAAGAAGCUCGUUAUGGAGAAUCAGGAGAAAUUGGAGGGUUCUGGGAUGACAAUCGAAGAUGAUACGGCGCUUUACGAAGUUGAGAAUGACAUCCAAUUGGUGCCAGAAUCCAGUAGUGAUUCUUCUGAUUCGUGAUCUCUCUAAGCACUCGUUAAGUUGUCGCCACAUUUCCAAAUUUUUUCGUUUCACAUUCAGCCCUUGUCCACCGAAAUCUAUUGCAGGCAAAAUAUACUUGUUCAAUCAAUAUAGGUACUGUUCUUUAUAACAUUUUAUUGAUCGAAAUGAAAGUAACGGAGUUUCGGUGUUCUGCCAUUUUUUCACUUAUGCUUGUUAACUCUGAGGAUGGAAGUCAUUUAUGAAUGUGUUGUAUAUAUGCCCAGAAUCUCGAUUUUUAUUAUUUAUUUUCUUAGUACCUACACAAUAUUUCAAUGAAAGUCUUGUAGAAACUGGUUUAAUAUCUAUUCAUCACAAAAAAUAAAUUAAGUGUAAAUUAUUG